ACUUGAAUACCUGGUCAACUUUACACUUUCUUCCAUACUUUGUCUUAUAGGAGUAUACAGUAUGCUGUACUGUAGGGAGAAAAAAAACUUUAAUCCCCGUUUAAGGCAGCAAAACUGAACUUUGGAGUUUUAUUUCAUUCUGUUCUCUUAGAAGAAAAGGCAAAAUUUUUCAAGCAAGCAGCUGUGGUUACAUCACUUUCCCCCCUAUACAUGUCAUUAGGAACAGAGUGGCUGAUUUGGUCCAGUCUCCUUGUAUCCUGGGAGUCAUGGAGCAAUUGGAAGGUGCUUGUUUUGUCGAUCUGGGAUCCAGCUGGGAUCCUGCAUGAAGCCACAUGGACUUUUUUCGUGGACUUUUUUGUGGGACUGAUGACUUCCCUGGAAACCAGGAAGAGCGGUAACUGGAAUAGGGUCCCUGUGUUGUCCCUUCGGGCAGAGUGUGUAGGGAAGGCCAAGAGGUAACUCCUUCGCAGCCAUUCCCAAGGACCCAGGACCAAAAGAACUGAGCUUCUCCUUUCAAGUUCAAACCGGAAGGGAGAUUGGCCAUACUCAUGAAAAAGUCAGGUAAACAAAGCCAGGGGAAACCCUCUGCGCUGGAUAGCCAACCUGGGACAUCCAAGGAUGCCUCGAAGAAGAUGCGCCAGGCCCCGCUUUCCAAAGACACUUCGAAAGUUAGCUUGGUUUCCCAGUCGAAGAUGACUUCGUUCAGCAAGGAGCUGUUCAACACCUGGAGAGACAUUCGUUGGUUCCAAAUCCCUUUGUCCUCUUUAAGGAAACCCAAGGCUGGUCUCUUCAGCUUCACUUUCCAGUCCAGCCUGCAGAGAUACCAGCAGCUUCGGAAAACCAAGCGGUUGAAAGUCGGCAGGCCCUUCUCUGUCCUGCCUUUUCCUAGCUUAUCUUUGCCGUUUACGGAUCCUCCGGCGUUUCGAGAUGCCUUGCGGGAUGAUAAUCACAGAUCUUCAAAAACCGAUGGAUCUAAAGUCCGCAAAAGACUCUCGGCCCAUAGAAACGACUCUCGGUCUUUCCUGCGACGGAUGCAGAAGAAGUUUCAGAAGCACCAACCCUCUCCAGACGUGCUCCCCCCAAAAUGCGUCCCCUCUGCAGCAGUUUCUGGCCAGAAAUGGGUCCCGGGCUCGGCAGGCGCUCCCGAAAGAAAUCCAAGAAGAGAGACUCUGCUCCCCCAGCCGAGACCCCGAGAAGAAGGAAAAGCUCCCGUGAACGGAGCGACUCCAAGUCUCCCUUGGAAGAGGAUGAGGACGUCUUCCCACCAGACUGGUCACCUCCAUCCUUUCUCUUCAAGGAAGAGCCGCCGCCUCCUCUCAGCCCGGAUCCUGGGCCUGGCUCUGAACCUGGAAGCUCUCAGGAAAUGCCGGACGGCAUCGAAGCGCCUGAGUCCGCAGAGAAAUCGGAGCAGGAAGAGUCUGUUUCUCCAGCCGAGACCCCGGAAAGAGACGACCCCAAGUCUCCCUUGACAGAGG